AAUUUCUGCCUCUCGAAGCUGUAGAAUUUGAACAGCCAGUGCUCACAACGCGACUUCUACAAUUUCUCCCUUUUACCGUCCAACUACAAGUAUUCCUCGACCAAUCUGAUAUACGCAUAGAGGGAUCGUAUUAACAACCUUCCCCCACAAUGUCGAAGGAAAAGUCUAGCUCCUCCAAGAAGGAGCGCAAAGAGAAGGUAGACGACAGCGGUCGCGUAAAGAAAGAGAAGAAAGACAAGAAGGAGAAGAAGGCGAAGAAGGAGAAGCUUGGAGCGGCCGUCACAGACUCACUGAUUGAGGAGCUGGAGGCCAAGAAAGCGGCAGAGCCCAAGCUUGUCGUAACGAAGACGCAGAACAAUGAUGGCAGUGACAUGGAAGAAUUGGAAGUAAAUGAGGAUGGUACUUUGAUCAAUGUUCCCGCAGUAGCGCUCGUGCCAUUCGCGAAUCCGCUUGCGGACGAGAAACAGACGAAGAAGGUCAUGAAGGGUGUGAAGAAGGCCGCGAAGCACAAGUCGAUCCGCCGUGGUGUGAAGGAAGUCGUCAAGUCGCUCCGCAAGACCACCUCAUCCGGACCUGCUUCCUCUGCCAAUAGUUCGCCAGCCAGCAUAGUCGUAAUUGCUGCUGACAUCUCACCGAUGGACGUCAUCUCACACAUUCCCGUUCUUUGCGAGGACCACAAUAUUCCGUACAUCUAUGUCAAAUCACGCGCCGAGCUCGGCGCCGCAGGAAGCACAAAAAGACCAACCAGUGUAGUGAUGCUCACUGAGAAGAGCACAAGCAAGAAGGGCGGGGAUGGCGAUGAAAGCGAGUGGAAAGAGACCUAUGGUGAUCUAGUCAAAGUUCUUCUGAAGGCACAGGCAAGCGUAAAGAUAUAAGGUCUCGAUCACUUUUACAUCUACAUCUACUUGUUCUACUACAGCCAGUUGAAGAUGGCACAAGGAGUUUGGGCGCUUAUAUGGAUGGCAUUGUACAAGCCUAUGAAUGGGUGGGUAUUUCAGGUGACAUACUGUCCAACAGACUUGAGACCAAUAAAAACGUGAUUUUAUGUACAUGCCCUCUGUAAUUUCCACUUCAUUGCCGCAUAAGUUAAUCUUCCCGGGUUAUAAUUAUAUACAAUGGAUAAUCCUCCAGAUUCCAAUCCUACAACAACCAAGGACUGAAGUCAAAAGG